AUGGCCAGCUCGAGCUUGCCGUCGGCGGUCACCACGGGGUUGGUCGUCGUGUCUGCCAUUUUCCCCGCGUUGUCGGCCGUCGCCCUUUACCUGCGCGUCGUUGCUGUCCGUCAAAAGGCCUCGACGGGAUCGCGCUCCGACGAAAUCUGGCUUCUCGUCUCUUGGCUGACUACGGCGCCUCUCAGCCUUGUUGUCUGGGUCGUGGCGGCUCGGUCCGGCAUCAAUUACUACAAGAUUAAUAAUGAGACGGGCGUCAAGUACUCCCUCGCUCUGAUAUGGCUCUGCUCCGUCAUUCUCAACGCCCCUGAGACGGCUGUCAAGAUUGCGAUUCUUCUCUUUUACAGGAGGAUAUUUUCGACGCCCAUGUUUAAAGUAUGCGUGCGGUUUGGAAUUGCGACAAUAUCUGUUUGGGGGAUUGUCUUCUUCUGUUAUCAGAGCCAUGGUCGGGCCAGUGUGGGCCUUCCUUACGACGCGACAGCUUUAGGCCUCGCACAAGUGGGAACCAAUAUUGCUCUGGAUGUCAUCGUGUUGUGCUUCCCACUCCCCGUCAUCUCGCGAUUGCACAUGCCCACGAACCGCAAGAUGGCGGUUGCUCUGAUCUUCUGGCUGGGCGUCUUGUUCCUGCUGUGUCGCCUCGGUUGCGCGGCUAGUUCUCUUGAAAAAGUCCCUGGCCGUAAUAAUCGAAGAUCCAGCCCAACAUAUCUCUAA